UUAGUGCCUUCGAUCUCUUCAUCCUCCCAUCUCCUCUUACAAUCCUGUACAUUUCUGGAUUUUUAAUGACCGACUCUGCAUUUGUUUGUAUCUGCUCUUCUGACGAAUAUGCCCUCUCUACGUGUACAUAUAUCUCAUUCCUCUUUCCGCGUUGUCUUUUUAUCUCUUGAUACCUAUCUGUCGUUCAUGAUCUGUUACAUUCUUGGUUGGUUUGAUGCUUUCUCUCAACUCUAUAGACUGCUUGGGGAGGAACGAAGACGUGAUGUGUGGCGGUCCCUGGGUGCCGCCGGACGAAAAGAAAAGUCGGGAAGAAAGGCCCCCAAAAAUAACCGGCGUCAUGUUCUUGAUGUCUCUGUUUUACUAUAUCUGCUGUUGGUGCGAACCGGUGUACUUAAAAUGGAAGGACUUUGCUGAACCUAGAAUGAUAUCUCCUGGAUCCCUGCAUUCAUAUCGCGUACCUCGGGCGGGUGUCUGGA